AUGCACAGGCUCACUGACAAGCAGCUGAAGCAUCUCAGCAUGAGCAGAACUGCUCUUAGAGUUACAGCUUCGAUCCAAAGCAGCCACUUCUCUGGGGAGCAGAUCAGCACUGAGGUGCCGUUCAAUCCCGGGUUUUAUGCUGACCAAACGGAAAUGCUUUUAAGCAACCAUUACACAAGCUCUGAUGUGAAAAUAUUUGGUGCCACUGAAAUUCUUGAUACCCUGGAGGUGAAAUGUGGGUCAUCAACAGUGAAGGCAUUUGAGAAGGAGAAAUCCUAUGGGCUGCCUAGUUAUGCAGUCUACACCGUUAGUCUGUCUGAUCCAAGAGUUUCCAGCCAGGGAUCCUUCUCAACCACUCUGACUAUCUCUAGUCCUAUGACUGACCAGUCUAUCACAAUCCCAGUGACGGUGAUUUACUUGACUGACAGAACCAGUGCACCAGUGAGACAUGGAGCCAGUCUGUUCCAGCACUUUCUUGAUUCGUACCAAGUAAUGUUCUUCACACUCUUUGCACUAUUAGCAGGAACAGCUGUUAUGAUUAUAG